CUGAAGACGAACUAUCACAGUCACCGGCACUGCACUCCUCUCGGCUCUCAUUCUCACACUUUCACUGUUUUAGAUUUUCCCUGCUUGGUCCAUGGCAAGCCUAACCAGCAAAUACAAAGCCCACACAUCACACUCCUUCUGCACCAGAACACACCAGAUUGGCGCCCUAGCUUUGGUCGCUGCGACAUUCUUCAUCACGAGAAUCUUCGACCAAUCAUUAAAUUCCUCCAAUUAUUCCUCUGGGGAGGUGAAGAGCUCCUUUGUCGACAAUGGUGGCUCGAUUUCAUGGCCUGAUAGAGGUUACGGGUCACACCUCUUUCUCAAGAUUUAUGUCUAUGAUGAGCGCGAGAUUGAUGGGUUGAAAGAGUUAAUGCGUGGGAGGGACGGUAAGAUCUCUCCAGAGUCCUGCCUGAAAGGUCAAUGGGGAACUCAGGUAAAAAUCCACACAUUGCUGCUCCAGUCUAAGUUCCGGACAUUGAAGAAAGAGAACGCAGAUCUGUUUUUUGUUCCGAGUUAUGUUAAAUGUGUUCGGAUGAUGGGAGGUUUGAACGAUAAGGAGAUAAACCAGACAUAUGUGAAGGUUCUAAGUCAAAUGUCAUAUUUUCGGCGUUCAGGUGGCCGUGACCAUGUAUUUGUCUUCCCAAGUGGUGCUGGGGCUCACUUAUUUCGGUCUUGGGCGAUGUACUUGAAUCGAUCUAUCAUUCUUACUCCGGAGGGUGAUCGUACAGACAAACGAGAUACAAGUGCAUUUAACACGUGGAAAGAUAUCAUAAUACCUGGAAAUGUCGAUGAUGGGAUGACUAAACAUGGGGUUACCUUAGUUCAGCCUUUGCCCUUAUCAAAGAGGAAGUAUUUGGCGAACUACUUGGGCCGAGCUCAAGGAAAGGUUGGUCGUCUUCAAUUGAUGGAGCUUGCGAAGCAGUUCCCUGAUAAGUUGGAAUCUCCAGAGUUGAAGUUCAGUGGCCCUGACAAAUUGGGAAGGACAGAGUAUUUCCAACAUCUGCGCAAUGCGAAGUUCUGCCUAGCUCCACGUGGCGAGUCAUCAUGGACGCUUCGAUUUUAUGAAUCGUAUUUUGUGGAAUGUGUUCCAGUAAUCAUAUCAGAUCAGGUAGAAUUACCUUUCCAGAAUGUCAUUGACUAUACAGAGAUAUCAAUCAAGUGGCCAUCAACACGUAUAGGACAACUCUUGGAGUACCUAGAAUCAAUUCCAGAUGAAGAUAUAGACGGAAUGAUUGCCCGUGGAAGACAGGUGAGGUGCUUAUGGGUUUAUGCUUCAGAAACUAAACCAUGCUCAGCAAUGCUUGGCAUUAUGUGGGAACUUCAGAGGAAAGUGAGAAAGUUCCACCAGUCGGCAGAAACAUUCUGGUUGCACAAUAGAUCUAUUGUAAACAGAAACUUGGAACAUUUUGAUAACUGGAAACAUCCGAUGCCUUUGCCAUGAUUUUUCUCAACCACUACAUUUGAAAUUUUGAUUGGGUCCUUUGUAAUUAGUCAAUGUAUCUUAAUGGACAGAGUUCAUUACACAUGGAUGUAGACUAGUUGAUUUGAGAAUGUGCCUGCAAAAGAAGUUGACAACAUAUUCAACAUAUUUUAGAGCUCAAAUGAGCUGAUUGUGUUUUC